CCUGCGAGCAGGAGCGAGGAAAACGCCUUUGUAUCGCAAACGUGUCUGCCUGGAUCUGUGUGCGGGGCCCGCGAGCGGCUGCCGGAGCGAGCCGGGGCCGGCCAGGUGUCCGGUGCAAAGGGGAUCGGUUCAGUGUCCGGUCAGCGCGGCUGACCGGACACCGCAAAUCCGGUCACCGCACUAAGUGCAAUUGGCCGGAAGAGCAGCAGCCGCUGGAGCAGCACCUGGAACUGGCUCCUGCGGGCAGUGCGCUACCACAAGCAGCGGGGAGCAACCGGCAUACACACUCGACACUCUUAUCUGGUGGCUAAACUGCGCCGCAGUCAGACUAGUGUGAGGGUGAAAUGGUGGAACCCGAAAAGAAAAAGGGUCGAAGGCUGUGCGCGUUUAAAGAUGAGUGGCUGCAACUCCCAGAGUAUCGGAACUGGCUCACAAAGGCAAGUGAAGACUCAGGAUAUUGUUCUAUUUGCCAUGUUCAAUUCACGGUUAAGUUUGAUUCUGUAAAAGCUAUUAAGCAUCAUGCGGAGACAAAAGGUCACAGAAUCAAAGUACAAGGACAGGUAUGGUCCAGCACUAGCAAUAAAGUCUCCAUAAAGACUGAUAAUGCUGAAGAACAACACAUAUGCACAGCUGAAUUGCUUUUAACGUAUCACGCCGUUAAACACCACCACAGCUACCGUUCUCAAGACUGCGGGAAUAAACUGUACCCCUCCAUUUUCCCUGACUCCAAGAUAGCUUCCAGAAUUCACUGCGGAGUGACAAAAGCAGCAGCUUUGAUUGAGAACGUUUUAGCACCCCAUUCAUUGAAACUGGCUGUGCAAGACAUUGGCUCAACACCUUUCGCAAUAGCGACAGAUGCGGCUAAUACAGGGAACACAACAUUAUUCCCAGUUGCUGUCCGCUACUUUAAUAAAGAUAAGGGAAUCUGCAUGUCUAUCAUAGACUUUUUCGAGGAUGCAGAGGAAACAUCAGAGGCAAUCGCAAAGAACUUAAGAAGUUGUCUUCAAAAUUCCAGUCUGAUACAGAAUAAAAUUGUGGCGUUUGGAGCAGUCAAUUUUGGAGAAAACAAGUCUGUUUUUCUGCACCUAAAACAAAUGUUGGAUUUACCAAACCUUGUGCCAGGGUAUUGCAGUGCUCACAUAGUGCACAAUACAGCAAAACAUGGCUUGGAAAUGCUCUCUUACGAUGUAGAAUACUUUGUCAUCAAGGUCUUCAGUGAAUUCUCAUCCAGCGCAAAGAAUAUCAGUGAACUUGAAGAAUUCUGUGACUUUGUGGAGACAGAAUAUUCAGAAAUCUUACACCAGCUACCUAAACGUUUUCUGACCAUGUUCACUGCCGUAGACAGGUUACUGAAGAAUUGGCCAGCACUCAAAUCUUACUUUGUGAAUAAAGGCAAGGAAGAUGUGAGCUGCACAAUAUGGGCCUUUCUUGCUGAGCAAGAGGACAGAGUUUCCAAUGAUGAAACUAUUACGCUUCCAGAACUGUACAUCUACUUUGUGCACAACAUUCUGAGCCAAUUUAAUAACACAAUAAAGGUUCUUGAGAGGGAUUACAUUCAGGUCACUGACCUGUAUGCCACAUUCAACAAGCUGAGAAGAGAGAUUCAGAAUCGACAAGAGAAAGGCUUCUAUGGGUACAAAGUGACACAAUUCUUGAAGAAGCUACCAAUUAAUAAGCAGAAUAAAUUUGUUGGCGAUGCCCAACAGGCUUACACACGCAUGCUGCAGUACCUGGAAAAGUGGUUUGAUUUCAGCGAAAACUCUUUCUAUAAGUUGUGUGCACCACUCAAUCUGGACGAACCUCUUCAGCUAGACAAACUGUGUGCGUUGUCUACAAACUUGAACAUUCAAGUGGACAUAGAUGAAUUAUUUACAGAAAUGUGCAUACUGAAUGAUGUGCUACCAAUCCUAAAGAGUUCAAUAAAUGAUGCUGAAUCGACACGGUGCCAGCAGCAGCAGGAGUGUCACCAUCAAAUCAAUGUCUCUGAGGUGUGGGUAGAACUCUUUAAGUGCUGCGAGGCCCCAAACUUGCUUAGAAUUGUGCAGCACGUGUUUGCUGUUCCACCCGGCAACGCAUUUGUGGAGCACAUUUUCAGCGUCAUGAAGAACUUGUGGGCUGAUGAAAGGAAUCGACUCCAUAUGGACAUGGUGAAAGCUGAACUAUUCGUACACUUCAACUAUAAAAUGACUUGUGCCGAGUUUGCUGGAUUUUUGCAGACAGGAGCAGCUAAGGAGCUUGUGGCAGCGGCAACAAAUGAUCAGAAGUUUCAAUUGCCACUCACACCGCCCUGUCUGGGCUAGACUACACGCUGCUAGAAUACGAUAGCAUUGUGGUAAUGUUUUGUUAUCCUAAAAAAAGUUAAACCAUUAAGUACACAAAAUAGAGUUGGAAUAUGAAUUAGUAGAGUAUAUCUGAGGUUGCUUUAACUUCAUUACUUGUGGGCCAGGCAGACACAGAGCUGGCCUACAACAAAGGUGACUAAGCCCCAUCACUGUCCUGUUCGUGCCUCAAGUGGAGAAAUAGAUGCACAGAGAAUUGAGGCCUAUAUGUUUGCAUUGUUCUACAUAAAUAUCGUUACCUGUACAAUGAAAGUUCCUUGUGGCUGCGCUAAGGAGUUUCUUGGCCUGUUCUUGUUACAUUUUUGUUUUACUUCUGAGGAAUAAAGAUGAUACAAAGUUUGUAUGAAAUGAUUACGCAGUAUCUGGUGACGUGUCAAAAAAUGUAAAACUUUGCACCUAACCGUAUAUU